GCCAAGGCCGAGCUCCAGCGGUCGCUCUCCAAGGCCAACUCCGAGGUGGCGCAGUGGAGGACCAAGUACGAGACGGACGCCAUCCAACGCACCGAGGAGCUGGAGGAGGCCAAGAAGAAGCUGGCCCAGAGGCUGCAGGAGGCCGAGGAGGCGGUGGAGGCGGUCAACGCCAAGUGCUCCUCCCUGGAGAAGACCAAGCACCGGCUGCAGAACGAGAUCGAGGACCUCAUGGCUGACCUGGAGCGGUCAAACGCGGCUGCCGCCGCCCUGGACAAGAAGCAGAGGAACUUCGACAAGAUCUUGUCCGAGUGGAAGCAGAAGUUCGAGGAGUCGCAGACGGAGCUGGAGGCGUCGCAGAAGGAGGCCAGGUCCCUCAGCACCGAGCUCUUCAAGCUGAAGAACGCCUACGAGGAGUCGCUGGAGCACCUGGAGACCUUCAAGAGGGAGAACAAGAACCUCCAAGAGGAGAUCUCGGACCUCACCGAGCAGCUGGGCGCCGGCCACAAGACCAUCCACGAGCUGGAGAAGGUGCGGAAGCAGCUGGACGCCGAGAAGCUGGAGCUUCAAGCCGCUCUGGAGGGGGGCGGGGGGAGGCGGGCCCAGGCCUCUCUGGAGCACGAGGAGGGGAAGAUCUUGAGGGCCCAGCUGGAGUUCAACCAGGUCAAGGCCGACUACGAGCGCAAGCUGGCCGAGAAGGACGAGGAGAUGGAGCAGGCCAAGCGCAACCACCUGCGGGUGGUGGACUCGCUGCAGACCUCGCUGGACGCCGAGACCCGGAGCCGCAACGAGGCCCUGAGGCUGAAGAAGAAGAUGGAGGGCGACCUCAACGAGAUGGAGAUCCAGCUCGGCCACGCCAACCGCGAGGCCGCCGAGGCCCAGAACGACGCGGUGCGGGUCAACGAGGACCUGAAGGAGAACAUCGCCAUCGUGGAGCGGAGGAACAACCUCCUGCAGGCGGAGCUGGAGGAGCUGCGGGCGGUGGUGGAGCAGACCGAGAGGGCCCGCAAGUUGGCCGAGCAGGAACUGAUCGAGGCCAGCGAGAGGGUCCAGCUCCUCCACUCGCAGAACACCAGCCUCAUCAACCAGAAGAAGAAGAUGGAAGCGGACGUCUCCCAGCUGCAGACGGAGGUGGAAGAGGCCAUCCAGGAGUGCAGGAACGCCGAGGAGAAGGCCAAGAAGGCCAUCACCGACGCGGCCAUGAUGGCGGAGGAGCUGAAGAAGGAGCAGGACACCAGCGCCCACCUGGAGCGGAUGAAGAAGAACAUGGAGCAGACCAUCAAGGACCUGCAGCUGCGGUUGGACGAGGCCGAGCAGUUGGCCCUCAAGGGGGGUAAGAAGCAGCUGCAGAAGCUGGAGGCCCGCGUGAAGGAGCUGGAGAACGAGCUGGAGGCCGAGCAGAAGCGCAACGCCGAGAGCGUCAAGGGCCUCCGCAAGUCCGAGCGGCGCGUCAAGGAGCUCAGCUACCAGACGGAGGAGGACCGCAAGAACCUGCUGCGGCUCCAGGACCUGGUGGACAAGCUCCAGCUGAAGGUCAAGGCCUACAAGCGCCAGGCCGAGGAGGCGGUGAGCGAUUGGGCGACGCCGGAUGAUGCCGCGG